GAUUUGAGUCCUAUCACUUAUUCGUUGGCACGGUCACAUGAAGUUUCGCUAUCCUGAAUCGCGAAUAUGGAUGCCUUGUUACAAUACAGGUGGCUAUUUGCCAUAUUCCACUGGACGAAAUGGUCGCAUUUCGGAUCAGGAAGCUUCAUUACGUUACUUGUUGGCCCCAACGCAUAAAACCUCUCAGCCAAGGACGAUUCCCUCUACAAGUCUAUAUCGUCUAUCCUCGAACUCAUAUGUAGGUCGAAGGAGCAGUAUCUGGGGUCCCUUCGGGUGUCCACAAGAUACAGCACGACAUCAACUCGAAAAGUAUGAACUUGUGCUUCCAUCUAUUUAUGGCGCUCGAGGAUCACAAUUUAACCAAUGGUCUGGGCAAACGAAUGAUUCAAGUGAGCGACAAAUUCCACUCAUCCCAACAAUCAUGCUUGCUGGUAUCGCGUUGCUUUGUUUGAUACCUGCAGUAUUGGCCGCCCAAGCUCCUCAGUUUGCCAAGCCCGCUGUUGCACCGAACGAGGUGUCCGCCAACUAUGUCGGCCAGAACAAUGGGACGUUACCGAAGGCACACGUCGUGAAUGGGAAAGUCUUCAAUCGGUUCACUCAGAUUUGGAUUGAAAACACCGACUUCAGCGACGCGGCCACUUCCACAGCCUUCGUCCAACUCGCAAAGCAAGGCAUCCUACUCACUCAGUACUACGCUCUAACCCACCCUUCCGAGCCGAACUAUGUGGCGUCCAUCGGCGGCGAUUUCUUCGGAAUGGGGGACGAUGAUCUAUACAAUAUUCCCGCCAAUAUCUCGACGGUUGUAGACCUGCUUGAGGCGAAGAACAUUACGUGGGCUUCGUAUCAAGAAAACAUACCAUCGGAUGGCUUCGUCUUCACUCAGCCGAAUUAUCUCAAUACCUCCGCACCUCCCUAUACUUACUACGUCCGAAAACACAACCCUCAUGUUAUCUUCGACUCCAUCACUAGUGUCUCCUCGCGCCUACAACGUAUUCGUAACUUCAACGACUUUGCGGCCGACCUCAAUGCGUCGGCUAUUCCCCAGUGGAACUUCGUCACUCCGAAUUUGGUCAAUGAUGCUCACGACACGGACAUCGACUUUGCUUCUAAUUGGCUGAACUUCUGGCUGGUACCUUUAUUGGACAACCCAGCGUUCAACGACAACAAGACGUUGAUUGUUUUGACGUUUGACGAGAACGAAACCUAUGGGAUCAACAAUCGGAUCUACACACUUUUGCUUGGGGGUGCCGUGCCUGAAAAGCUCCGGGGUACCACGGAUUCGACCUACUACACGCAUUACUCUACCCUGAGUACGGUCGAGGCCAACUGGGGCCUUGGCUCUCUGGGCCGUGGAGAUACGAACAAAACGAUGAGCAACGUCUUCUCGUUCGUCGCGGAUGUCACGAAGUACAAGAACGUUAACGUUUCUGGUUCGGCUAUCCCCUUUACCAACGCAACGGGUGAUAUCCCCGGACCUCUCAAUCCCGAGUUCUACGUUCCAUUCCCGGCGCCAAACGUCAAUGCAAGCGGGGCAGGUGGUGGACCUGUCUUCCUCGGUCCAGGCUUGAAUACUUCCACUCAACCCUUUACGCUUCCUCCCCCUGUCAACCUCACCGCACUUAAUCAAACUGUGCCUGCCGCUGGGCUCGGGACCUCUUCCCCUUCAGGUAGUGUACCUAGUCCUACUUCGGGCGGUGCUGGAUCUUCUGGAAGUCUGAGAGUCGUCGCGGGGCUAAACAGUAUUGCAUUGCUGUUUUCUCUUGUUGCUAUGGUUUUGGCUUUGUAGGAUAUCAUAUACCUAGUAGUCUGGGGAUACCACGUCGCACUUGCUAUUGUGCGAACCCGAGGUGCUUACUUCAAAGAGCCUAUGAGGCUGCAUUAGCUACAUGAAGCACUUUAUACCAUUUUGAAGAU